UCUCUCUUCGCCCUUUUCCCCUAACGUUUCCUCCUCAAAUAAACGCAAUACACAUACUAGUACUAUUUGAUGGUGAUGUUCCGUCCCUUUCUACUCCUCCCAAUUUGACUCUUUAGCUUAGAUUAUAUCUCACCCAUUUCCCUUUUCAAACUAAUUUCUCUGCCGAUUUUAUUGUUGAAAUCGAUGGAUGCUGAAACAUUAUCCGGACUUUUCGAGGAAACCACGAAUUUCUCGACCUCCGACGACAUCUUCAGCGUUCUCGAAGCAUGGGAUAACGCCUCCGACUACAACAAUCUGACGACAUCACCCUUCGAGUUCCAAAACUCGCUCGCGAUGAGCGGCGCUGCCACUCUUAAAAAGUCUCAUCUCGCCGAGGAUGCCUCCGCUUCUCAGGCGUGCAAGCGCCAGAAGCUGAGCAGCACGAGCGCCGCUUCGGUGGAGGAAGGACAGAACAAGUCGCACAUCACCGUGGAGAGAAACCGCCGGAAGCAAAUGAACGAUCAUCUCUCCGUGCUCCGCUCUCUCAUGCCUUGUUUCUAUGUUAAAAGAGGUGACCAAGCGUCGAUAAUAGGCGGAGUGGUGGAUUACAUAAACGAGCUGCAACAGGUGCUGCAGUCGCUGGAAGCCAAGAAGCAACGGAAAGCGGCUUACAACGAAGUCCUGAGCCCGAGGAUAGUGUCGAGCCCGAGGCCUUCGCCUCUGAGCCCGCGCCUGCCGCCAUUGAGUCCGAGGACUCCGCAGCCGAGCAGCCCUUACAAACCCUGGAUGCAGCCUCUUCCGAGCCCCGUGGAUCCUUCUCCUUGCAAUUCUUCCACUUCCUCUUCCAUUAACGACGCGGUCAAUGAGCUCGUCGCCACCUCCAAAUCGCCCGUAGCUCAAGUCGAGGUCAAGUUUUCCGGCCCUAAUCUGCUCCUCAAAACGGUGUCGCACCGCCUCCCCGGCCAAGUGCUCAAGAUCAUUUCAGCUCUUCAACAACUUGCCCUUGAAAUCCUACACGUCAGCAUCAGUACCGUUGACGAAACGAUGCUCAAUUCUUUCACCAUUAAGAUUGGGAUUCAGUGCCAAUUGAGUGCAGAAGAGUUGGCCGAGCAGAUUCAGCAGACAUUCUGCUAAUUAGCUAAGUGGGAGUGGUCUGUAUACAAGAGCAUUUGCAGUUGGUAAUGGGAAUAAAGCAAAUGUGGAUAAGCUUCUACACUAACCCACUGCUGCUGUAUUAAUUAAUUAAUGUAAUAGUUGAGAAUUAAUUAUGUGUAAUGUGUAGUAGGUUAGUCGAUUUCUUUACCUUCCCCAUGGAUCAUGUUAGUUGCUCAUUUGUUCAAUUUAAUUUAAAUUGA